AUGAGAAACCGCCCGUCGACGCGCGACGGCGGCGACGCUUGGGAUGACGACGCGCUCGUGCGCGCGUACAAUGACGCAAUCGCGCGACACGGUGGGGCGCCAUCGAGCGCGGACGAGCGGCAAAGGGAGGAGAGUCGGCGCGGGGCGAGCGCGGCGGAGCGGCGCGAGGACGACGCGCGCGGCGUGGACGGCGCGACGGUGCCCGCGUUCGAUCCGAGAUCUUUCGAACCGCGAGCGAGGCGCGUGGGAUCACCGUCGUCGUCGCCGGUGCGACCGCCGCCGCCGUAUUACUACGCAGAGACGUCUUACGGAGGGGACGCGUACGGUCGGCGUCCUUCGUACCCGCCGCCGCCGCCGCCGCCGCCGCGAGGAUACGACCCUUACGACGCGUACGGAGGAUACUACGCGAGAGGGGACGAUUGGUACGGGCACUUCGAGGACGAUUUUGCGGCGUUUUCGCCGUUUAGACGCGGUAGAGGACCGCCGCCGCCGGCGCGAGGACCGCCGCCGCCGAGCGAACGCUCGCCGCGGUAUCAUCGUUCACCACCAACCGCGCGAUCGCCGAUGGGUCCGCCGCAGAUUCCGCCAGACAUGACCGACUCGGCGUACGACACCGCGCGCUCGUACGCGGACGAUGGGUACGAUCCUGACGAGCUCGCUAAUUUACUCUUGGCGUGGUACUACGCGGGGUACUACACCGGUUCGUUUUCGCGCGCGCCCCAUGCGGGAGCCGACGAACCACGGCGGUGA